AUGUCCCGACCGGCACUUCGAGCUCUCUUGGUCGACCUAUCUGGAACGCUCCAUAUAGGAAACAAUGCCAUCCUCUCCGCAGCUGAAGCCCUUCGGCGUGUCCGUGAAGCGGGGAUUACAGUCCGUUUCUGCAGCAAUUCUAGCAAAGAAAGCACCGCCUCGCUCAAAGCAAAGUUAAUAGAAAUGGGAUUUGAUGUCAAAGAAGGGGAACUAUGGACAAGUCUUGGCGCAUUGAAAGAUGUCGUCAAGUUGAAAAGGUUACAAAGACCGUUCUUCCUGCUUUCGGAGUCCGCAAUGGAGGAGUUCCAAGAGUACACUGGUACAUCCACCGACGGGCAUUACACGGAGUUCGACUCUGUUGUCGUUGGGCUAUCACCAGACCACUUCAACUACAAUACUCUCACCAAGGCGUUCCGUAUCCUUGCUUCCAGCAAUAAUAACACCCAAGAUAGACCUCCAUUAAUCACGACACAUAGAGCAAAGUAUAUCCGCACACCAGAUGGCGAGUUAUCCCUCGGACCGGGUCCCUUCGUUACAGCACUUGAAGACGCAGUCGGCACGGAUUUGCGCGCUGCAGCAGUUGGGAAGCCAAGUAGGGCUUUCUUUGAACGAGUGAUAGCCAGUAUUCCGGCUGGUCACUUAACUAAUGGGAAAAGCCCAGAGGAUAAGCACGAGGAUAUAGCCAUAAUUGGCGAUGACAUUGAAGCAGAUCUUGGUGGAGCUGCUGUAGAAAUGGGCUUGUGGCGUAUUUUAGUGAAGACAGGAAAGUAUAGAACCAGAGAUGAGAAUAGAGAGGGUCAACACGCGCCGAACGAAGUGCAAGAUUCCUUCGCAAGCUUUGUAGAUGAUUUGAUGCGGGAAUUGCACAGGAAAGUGUAA